GUGUAGUACACUGGAAAGACCUUCAAGUUGGUCCAUUCAGCGCUCAUUUGAUUCACACAUCAUGUCCGGUCCGCGCACAGACAUUUCUGUUCUCAGCUCAGGUCACCAGACGAGAUCUCUAAUAAGUAACGUUACGAUAAGCCUGACAUUCUUGUUCCUCGCUCCGCAUGAUUGGUAUUGGUUGCCUACAUCCCCCUAGUGCAUCCCAGCGUGUGGCUCCUCCAACAUGGUGUCCUUGUGUUUCUAUCGUUUUCUGCCCAUAAUUCCAUAUAUUUCGACUAUCCUUGCCGUACAAGUGCAACCAGUCAAGCGCAAUAUCGGUUCAUCUGCCACCUGCAUGAGUGAAUACUCGUGGAUGGACGACAGUCAGGGCAACUCGCCUUGUCUUACAGUCGCUUAUGUAGAAGCUCCAUGUUAUGAGAACAACUAUGUCCAGCCAGUACUGCAAAGCGGCUACUCGUACACCUUGCCAAAUUCUUCGAACGCGAAUGCAUGCUACUGUUCUUGGUCGUCCUAUAAUCUUAUGAUGGCCUGCACUUUAUGCCAAGGAGCUAAUGAUUCUUCUGUCUGGGAAUGGCCUGCAUGGGCAGACGGAUGCGCUGCAAACCAAUCGUGGACACAAGAAUAUUUCCCUUCUGGAUAUGUGCUUGCUGGAGAUGCGUCCAUACCUUAUUGGGCUACUACUAAUCCGUCAACAUGGACAUACGCGACGUUCAAUAUCCCAGAUGCGAACGCUACCUAUCAAAAGAAUUCUUCUAGUGUCACCCCGGGCGCCUCAUCCCCAUCUUCCAGCAGUUCAAGUUCAAGCUCGAAGUCAACUGACGUGGGUGCGAUAGUUGGUGGCACCGUCGGAGGCGCAGCCGCACUCCUUUUUCUCGUCAUUGCCACCUAUAUACUGUACAGACGCCACGUAUACAGGAAUGCCUCCGUUAUCAACCAACAAGGGACGACCUUUAUACCACAGUCGGGCACACACAACCGUAUCCCCUCCGAUACAUCCAACUUUUCUGCAUCAAUGUCAGGUUCUCUUGCGCUGUAUGGGCAGCCCACCGUAUCUUCCUCGCAGCAGUAUGAGACUUCAUAUUCUCCACAACCUCAGACAGCAUACCCAUCUCUACAAGGUUCAUACUCGCCUAUUCCACGGACAGAUAUGACAGUCUACACCACACAUUCUAGCAACGGCCGACCUGGUGAUGCCAUACCAAUGGUUUAACAGUAAGGUGCAUCUUACAAGUUUUUAUACUUGACGCGCCCGCAUUCGGUACCUCAUACCUAUUAUCAAUCUCCUUCGAAAAUUUACCAUGACAAGCCACCGACGGGGAUCAGAGAAUUUCUUACUCUGCAUUCUAUCAGCACUUUACGCCGUCGUUCCCGCCGUCUUAUGAUGAUGUCACGAUGAUAAUGCCGUUGUUACAUAAAAUAACAAUGUUCUUAUUGAAAUUACUUAGCAUGCUUCUGUUGCUCCUUCGUUCUUUUCCAGAGCCCAGUUGGCGACUCGCACGAUCUUCAUGGAAAGCGACAUCAGCGGCACCCUUCCGAGCUUUACAGGACGAAGACUAAUACUAUACUUGC